GGAUGCUGCUCCGUGGGCGGGUUGGGGCGGCCCUGCUUCCCCACGACCCCCAGACGCGCUCCGAGGCACUCUGAGCACAGUGGAGUGGGAAGGGCGAGGCGGGGCAGUGCGCAGGCGAGAGCGGUUCAUGGGAGGCGGAGCCCGAGACGCAGCUGGCCAGGACGGUGCGGGUCAGGGUGGGCGGAGCGGGGCCAGUGAUGCCCCCGGGUCUCCCAGGCCAUGAAUCUCUGUGGAGACUUCUCCUCGACCUCUUCCCCGCGGCAAUGUGCGAAUCCUGGGUCUCCAGGAAACGGGGAUAUGGGGCAUGGCUCCCAGCAAGGCCUGGUCCAGCCUCUCCGGUAGGGGAAUGGGUCUCCCGCUCCGGCCUCCCGGGUUGACAAAGGAACGCCGGCCCAGGUCCCUAUAUGGCGCUUCACCGCCGGGGCCUCUAGCCUAGGAGGCACGGAGCGCAUGUCCGGGACCCGCGCAAGCUCGGGGACACUCUCGCGGUCGCCGGGAGGCCCACCCAGGGUGCUUUCCUUUUUUCCACUCUCAGAAAUAUACGUCUGUCACAGUUAAGAGCAAAGCCUAGCGCAAGAGUUCUACGCCCAAGAUGGCCAGCCGGAAGCGGGCUUCUCGUGACCAUGUGGCGAGGCCCCAUUCGUCAGCUGGCCGCCCGCGGCCCCAGUAACCGGCCACCUCUCUGAUUUGCGCAUAUGCUGGGCUACGCCUGGGCGCAGGCGCUAAAAGCGGCUCCGUCUAUGGUCAUGACGUCUGACAGAGCGUCCACCCGCCUUCGCCAGGACUCUAUGGUUCUUACGCGCGCAGCUAGACCGCCUAUAUAAGGCAUGCGCAGGCGUGGGAGCGUCUCUUUCCCUUCGGCGCGGUGAGUAAGCGUAGUUGUAAUCUCUUGCAGUGCCGUUGCUGGUUCUCACCCCUUUUAGGUCUGUUCUCGUCUUCCGUUCCGACUCUCUCUCUCUCGUUGCAGCCACUGAAGAUCCUGGUGUCGCCAUGGGCCGCCGCCCCGCCCGUUGUUACCGGUAUUGUAAGAACAAGCCGUACCCAAAGUCUCGCUUCUGCCGAGGUGUCCCUGAUGCCAAGAUUCGCAUCUUUGACCUGGGGCGGAAGAAGGCAAAAGUGGAUGAGUUUCCGCUCUGUGGCCACAUGGUGUCAGAUGAAUAUGAGCAGCUGUCCUCUGAAGCCCUGGAGGCUGCCCGAAUUUGUGCCAAUAAGUACAUGGUAAAAAGUUGUGGCAAGGAUGGCUUCCAUAUCCGCGUGCGGCUCCACCCCUUCCACGUCAUCCGCAUCAACAAGAUGUUGUCCUGUGCUGGGGCUGACAGGCAUGCGAGGUGCUUUUGGAAAGCCCCAGGGCACUGUGGCCAGGGUUCACAUUGGCCAAGUUAUCAUGUCCAUCCGCACCAAGCUGCAGAACAAGGAGCAUGUGAUUGA